AUGCCCGUGGAAACCCUCCAGGCUGGGGACGUGAUGAAGGGGGUUUCGGUGACGGCGCCCUUCGCCUCGGCAAUGCCAUUCCGGAUCCUCAACAAGGGGCCUGAGUACUUCCGCCGGCAGGCGGCCACCGGCGCCAAGAAGCCCAGCGCCGUGGAGAGGCUGGAGGCGGACAAAGCCAAGUAUGUGAAGAGCCAGCAGGUUGCCAGCACCAAGCAGGAGCCGGUGAAGCCGCUCCUGAAGCAGCCCCUCUUCACCCCGGGGGUCCGGAGAGCCAUGCUCACUCCCAGCCGCAAGACCCCGCAAGGGGGCCGCAGGGCGGAAACCUGUGGGCCAAAGACCUCCUUGAACCUGGAGAUCCUCAACAACCUCAUCAACAUCUGUGACAGCCCCCUGCCCUUCCCCAAGUCGGAGAGCCCCCGGGAGCACAAGUGGAGAGCAGAGACGAGGGAGCCCCCGGGCAAAGAGCGGGGCGGGCACCCCGCUGUGCAGAGGAGGAAGGGCCCCUCGGAUGGCAUGAGCAAGCUGUCGGAGAGCUCCGUCACGUCCAAGCCUUCCAGCACGGUGGCCGUGCGCAGAGUGGAUGUCCGGCCCUGCGGGGUUUGUCGGGACAGAGUGACCCCAACCAUCCAGGUCACCCCUAUGCCCAUCUCACCCGCCAAGGCCAGGAUCCCCUCUGCCAGCUCCCUUAGCUCACCAAAUAGAAGCCCCCACGACAGGCGGACAGACAGCGCCAAGCGGCAGACCCUCCUGCACAGGUCCAAGUCCGACCUGAGUGACAGGUACUCCCGGGCCACGGCCGACCUGGAACGCUUCUUCAACUACUGCGGGCUGGACCCUGAGGAGGUCAGGGACAUAGGGGUGGAGCACUUUGCCCGGGCCAGCUCGGACAUCGUCUCCAUCAAGUUUCACAGCGUCAGCACUGCCAGCUCGGAGUGCGCCCGCUCCCAGCGCAGCGCCGCCACCCUGGAGGACAAGCAGGCGGAGCGCAUGCCCUACGGCAUCUCCGUCAUCGAACGCAAUGCCAGGGUGAUCAAGUGGCUGUACGGACUACGGCAAGCCAGAGAGCCCCAAAAGGUAUCCAACGUAUAA